UUUUCUUCCUCUCCCACAUAGUUCAAACGUUAACGUUCUCGAAUUUCGAACUCAAGAAUCCAGCUCUUCUCUUCCUCUUUGAUAUUUGUUUAUAAACGUUCAAGACUCGCCAAGAAGUCGCUGUUCGUGUCAGGCUCUGAUCAUUUCAGUGAUAGAUGCCGUCACCUUGGGACUUUCAACCGUCAAGAUGAUCAUCGCGCAACCUUGGAAAUCGGUAUCAGUAUCACCGCAGCGCUGUGCAAUUGCUAGUUAUUUUAACGAUGUCCUUUAAACCCACUGCACCCUGGUCCCUCAAGGCCUCACUGCUCAGUUCUUCGAUGUUUCGCUCAUUUUUCACCUACAUAUUACUACUCCUCGUUCUUUCACCCAGCUAUCUGCUUAUUUCAAUUUCAAUUUCGAACGGAACUGUAGCCUGCUAUGAUCCUGCUGCAUUAGCUUGGUACACUUCAAACGUUGGAGAAACACCAUGCAUGACCUACCAACGUUUACGCCGGAUUUGCAACAAUGACUUUCAGCUCGGCCUAGUGGAUUUCGAUUCUCUUCCGGAGUCGAAUCCGGAAUCCAUGUGUUCAGACCAGAUCGCGGAUUGUUGUUGCAACCAUAUCGCGUUCAAUCUCGGUAUGUUAUGCAUUUCGUGUCAACGGGGUCUAGGGGAUGGAAACGGAUUCAAUGCGAGACCGGGUACAUAUCAGCGCUAUCUCACCGGACAGCAUACGGAUGGAACAUUUUGUUCUCCUCACACUAAUGAAACCCUGAAAGACUCAGUUGAAGCAGGAGUCUGCGGACAGGGCAUGAAGAUGAUCUAUGACCUUUAUGAUGGUGGUAAUUGGGUUGAUGGCUCGUGGUUUUAUAAAUUCUACAGCGAGAGAGCAACAUUGAAUUUGAACGGCCACGGCGACAAGGCGUUUCACAGCUGCUCAGCAACUUCAACUUCAACUUCAUCUUCCCAGGUCCCUUCGACAGCCCCCCCCAGCUCCACAUCCCCAUCCCUUUCGACAGGUGUUCCCAGCCACACAUCCCCAUCCCCUUCGACAGGCGUCCUCGGCUACAAAUCCUUGUCCCCUUCGACAGGCGUGCCCAGCUACACAUCCCCAUCCCCUUCGACAGGCUUCCCCAACUACACGUCCACAUCCACAUCCAUAUCCACAACCCAACCUUCAGCUUCAGAUUCCGGAUCCGAUCCUUCCCAAACUACCGCCCUCGACGAUAGCGAUCAUAUAUCACGUGGCGCGAUGGCCGGUAUAUCUGCCGCAGUCCCCAUCGUCGUUCUUUCGAUCAUAGCAAUAACCGUUUACCUUGUCUGUCGUUCUCGAAGGCGAAAACGAAAGCGCGGGCUCACACCCUACAUACUAACACCUCCCUCUACCACCUCAGUCUCUGAGAGUCAUAUUGGUGGAACGGGAACAGGAUCAAGGUUAAUGACAGGCUUAAGCCCACUUCGAGGACCAUCGUCCGCCGAGAUGUCAGCGGAGCGGAGCGAUGAACGAGAGGAGCGGCCUUGGAUGUGUGAAGGUAGAAACAGUGAAGAUGAUCGACCGCCCCCAGCGUAUGAAAGUCUUCUGGGAUAG